AUGGUCUGUGCGGAGUUGGGUAGGGCUAUAGCUUCAAUAAGGCCUACGUUAAUAUAUCCCAGCACCGCAAGCCUUACUCAGCGCCGCCGGCACAGCAGCAAAUCCGAUAGCUUCUCACUAACAAUCUUGGACUGGCGAUUUAAAACGCACUAUGAUCCGUACUACAGCCACGAAGAAGACUGGGAAACCGACCACUCAGCAUAUAACAAAACUGUGUCUACACUCGACAGCUUCUUUGACGCCCUAAACCCUAACUCUAUCACAUCCCUAGACCUAGACUUUGAUAUCCGCUACUCCCGGUUCUCGGGAAAAGACUUGGGCAAUGGCCCACUAGCCCUUCGCCAAAGUCGCAGUAUUAGAGCUCUAAGACUGGCCCGGAUGCGCUGCGAUAACUUCAAACUUUGGCGAAUGUUCACAGAGAUGGGAUACGCAGGGUUCUCCCCCCAGAGCCUGAAGUUGAUAAACCUCUUUAUGGACAAUACCUCCACUUCCCAGAACUUUACCGGGUGGUCUUUCGCACCCGGGUUUCUACACAACAUGCGUGAUCUUGAGUUCACCAAAUUCACCGGAAUGUUUGACCUCGCAGUAGCGAUUAUCCAGAUCAAGAACGUGAAUAGCCAGUUAGAACGCAGCUUAUCUCGCGGUGGGCAGCAAUCGAAAAGGGAAAAGUCUGCGAGGAUAGAUUCGCUGUCGCUCAGUUAUGAAGCUAAACAAGCGGACUCCUCUACGACAGAGUUGCUGUUGGCACCCUUGGCAUCGCUGGGUUCGUCAUUGACGUACUUGAAACUUCAAGAUACGGACUUUACGAACCCUCGCCCGGGGUCGGUGCAUUACUCUCGAAGCACGGUCCUGCAUCAUUCGCCGCUCGAAUCGCUCACCAAGUUGAAAACCUUGAUAUUGGCCGGGGACGUAUCGGUAUUCUUACUCAGCGACAGACUGCUAAGCAUAAUUCGCUGCAUGCGGCAGUCAAUAACCUACGUUGACAUCUGCCUCUCAACGAGAGACCUCGCGGACGCCCUUCUAUUAAGAGCCUUCGCUCAAAGUGAGAACUUACAAACCCUAAUCCUCCGCGCGUGGGAUAAACUCGUAACACUGGAACCCGCCACCGCACCCGAUUUUACCCACGGACAAGUUAUUCCAUGGAUUGAAUACCCACCCUUGCUCACCAACCGCAGGUUCUGGCAGAUGAGCCUUUGGCCGGUGUGCCCGAAAGUGACGGUUGAGGGCACGAUCGGGUUCUUGGCGAAGAAGCGGGGCGGGUUGAAGAAGUUUGGCUUCUCUAGGGCGUUUUGCCGGGACGACGAGAGGGGGCGCUGGGGGGAGGUUGCGGAAGUUAUGGAGCGGAUGGGGGGGAAGUUUUUGCCUAGGACUAAGAAGGCGGGGCGGGCGUGGGAUGAGGGGUUACCAGCACUGGAGUAG